AUGUUUCUAGUGUGACGUAUAAUCUAGUGGACGGAACGCUUCUUCAACAACUGCAGCCACCUCGGUAGCUCGCUCGGGAACAUUCAAGUUCUUUAGACAAUUUCGUGUUUUAUUUGCCACUAUGAUUUCCACUUAUGUGGAAACAACUAGCUACCCUAUUUAAUUUAAUAUUUACGUUGUAAGUCAACUAGCUGGCUUGUUUAGUUAGCAGUAGUCUAGUCGCUAAUGCUAAUUGGCUAUUAUCCCCGACCAUGAGCUCACUAAGUUACUCUCCUCCUGCUAAAGAAGAGGCUGUCUGCUGGAUAGAGAAAGAAGCUCUCGUGAAAGAGGAGGAGGAAGAGGAGUCUGUUACAAUACAACAACAUUUAGAGGGUGAGGCUGUUACAGUGAAAGGAGAUGAAGACGCCUUCAGAGUAAAAGAGGAGGAGGUUACUGUCACAGUGAAAGAAGAUGAAGACGUUUUUGGAAUGAAGGAUGAAGAGGGGGAGAUUACUGUCACAUUAGAGGAGGACGAAGAAGAGAAGACUGGAGAACUGAUUAACACCAGUAAAUACAGAGAGAGACGGGGCUAUCAUGGAUCUUCUGGGGAGCCUCAACAACAUCAUGAUGCUGACAAGGCAGAGAAGAGUCUCUCCACAUCAGAACUCCUCAGGAAACACCAGCAGAGACUCACGGGGAAGAGAACUCACUGCUGCUCUGACUGUGGGAAGAGAUUCACCUCAUCAGCAGGCAUUAAAAUUCAUCAGAGAAUCCACACAGGAGAGAAACCUUUUAGCUGUACUCAAUGUGGGAAGAGUUUUUCUCAGUCAACCAGCCUGACAUCACACCAGAGAACACACACAGGAGAUAAACAUUUUUUCUGUCAUCAAUGUGGGAAGAGUUUUGGUCAUUCUGGCGAUCUGACAGUGCACCAGAGAAGACACACAGGAGAGAAACCCUAUAGCUGUGAUCAAUGUGGGAAGAGUUUUGGUAAAUCUAGCCAUCUGAAGGUACACCGGAGAACACACACAGGAGAUAAACCUUAUAGAUGUGAUCAAUGUGGGAAGAGUUUUACUCAGUCAACCAACCUUAUAUCACACGAGAGAACACACACAGGAGAUAAACCUUAUAGCUGUGGUCAAUGUGGGAAGAGUUUUGUUACAUCUAGCAGUCUGACUAUACAUCAGAGAACACACACAGGAGAGAAACCUUAUAGCUGUGGUCAAUGUGGGAAGAGUUUUGUUACAUCUGGGCAGCUGACUGUACACCAGAGAAAACACAAAGAAUAGAAAUCUUAUAGCUGUAAUCAAUGUGGGAAGAGUUUUACUCAGUCAAACAGCCUGGUACGACACCAGAGAACACACACAGGAGUGAAAGCUCAUAGCUGUGACCAGACAUAAUCUGAUAAAAGAUCUCUGAUCAAAUAUCAGAAAGUACAUACAUGAAGGAGUUGUUUCAUGAUAUCAAAAAAUGUAUGUCACAAUGUAGAAUGUUUUAACAUUGUAGUAGGAGUAUUUUGAUAAUGUCACAAUGUAGAAGCCUAAUCGUUUGUCACCUGUUCUAUUGAUUUCAGCAUGAUAUGGAUAUUUGCCUCAGGGGGAAAAUCCAGGCUCUGAAAUGGAAGAGUACUAUUUAUCUGAU